AUGGUUGAGUCUUCUGUUACGGGCGAUGUGACAACAAAGCAGGGAUUGGGUGAGAAGGUGAAGGUCCGAGAUCUGGGUUACUGUGAGAACUGUACUGACCAACAAUGCAUUUGUGAGCUGUGUACAAAAUAUGAGCAUAAAAACCACGACACUGUAUCAGCUGCAGCACAGAGGACGGAGAAACAGAAGCAGCUGAAAGAGACGCAGAAGACGUCCCAGCAGAGAGAGAAAGAUCUUCAGCAGCUGAGAGAAGCUGUGAAGUCUCAUAAGCGCUCUGCACAGACAGCAGUGGAGGACAGUGAGAGGAUCUUUACUGAGCUCAUCUUCUCCACUAAGAGACGCUGCUCUGAGCUGGUACGGCUCCUGAUUCCUGAUAUCAGAGAUCAGGAAAAGGCUGAAGUGAGUCAAGCUGAAGGACGACUGGAGCGACUGGAGCAGGAGAUCAAUGAUCUGAGGAGGAGAGACGCUGAGCUGGAACAGCUUUCACACACACAGGAUCACAGCCAGUUCCUGCAGAGUUUCCAGUCUCUCUCAGCACCUCCUGAAUCUACAGAUGUAAAUGACGAUCCCUUCAGUUCUCUCUUCUCUUCUGAUGAUCUGAGAGAAUAUGUCCAUCAGCUGAGAGACAAACUGGAGGAUUUCUGCAAAGAGGAGCUCAAGAAGGUCUCAGACAGAGUCACAUUCACCAACAUUGUUCCCAGAACCAGGAACGACUUCCUACAAUAUUCCUGUCAACUCACUCUGGAUCCAAACACAGCAUAUAAACGCCUCCAUCUGUCUGAGAGCAACAGAGUGAUUACUGGCAGUAGAACAGUCCAGUCGUAUCCUGAUCAUCCAGACAGAUUUGAUGAUAUGUCUCAGGUGUUGUGUAGAGAGACUGUGUGUGGACGCUGUUACUGGGAGCUGCAGUGGAGUGGAGGUGAUUAUGGAGUGCGUAUGUCAGUGUCAUAUAAGAGCAUCAACAGGAAGGGACGGGGUUAUGAGUGUAAGUUUGGAUAUAAUGAGGAGUCCUGGGGUUUGGACUGCACUCACCCGAGUUACUCAUUCAUACACAAUAAGAUAGUGACUCAUCUCCCUGUGAUUUUUUUUUAUUUGAUGGGGGAGUUAGGGUAUUUCUCUAUACAUAUUCUAAACUACCAGGAAACAGGAAUCACAUGA